AUGGGCAGUAACCAAAGCAACACCUCCGAAGUGAUUGGAAUGACGUCUACGUGGGUGACGUUUGAGAACAACUGGUUCGAUGAAGGGGCCUCCCGGUAUGCAUACAAGGGCACAUUUCACGGGGAUCCCCGCUUGGAAGGGAAACCCUGCGUGACGAAAGUCUACAAAGAAGAGUGGUAUGAGCGUCUGUCAGAAUAUGCCUGGGAAGCAGACGACCGUGCAUAUUGCAAAGCUCAAGAGAUGGCGCAAUUGUUUAACAUUAGGUAUAAUACGAGCAAACCAAUCGAGUUCGUUAGACCUGAAUUCACCAAAGUUGAAACCCGUGCCGCCUUUAAAUUCCUGGGCUUCAUUCCAUUUGAACGAUAUGUCAAAGGAAAACGUCCUGGUACCUCCGACAGCGUUUCUAAUAUUAUCCCCGCACACGCUACCGUCGCAGUCGAGAGUUACCUUGAGGGGGAUUAUGUCAAAUUUAACAGCAACUUUGGAUACUUGGGCAGAGCAGAUAUCGCCACCCCGGCUGCCUUCAGUCAUUUCACUUAUCAUGAAUCAGAGGGCAAGGUUUUGGUUUGCGAUUUGCAAGGGGUGCGCAGUAGUUCUAGGUACAUGUUUACUGACCCGGCUGUUAACAGCAGCAGCACGAAACUCGGCUUAUAUGGCUCUACUGAUUUAGGGAAGGCUGGUAUUGUCAAGUUCUUUCUGAAACACAGAUGCAAUGAGCUGUGUAAGGGGCUAAAGAAACCACAAAUUAGCAACAUGUCAACUGGUGAGAGGGAUAUUCUGGAGAAAAUUGUACACAGUAUACCUCCUAGCUGUGCUACAAUGCACACGUUUCAGGUGACUCUGUCCUCUGGCGUAUCCACCAUGGAAUUCAACAGCAUGCAAAACAGCCUAGAGCUGAAAGCAAUUCCUGAAGAACCAGUUAAGCCCAUUCAAAAACCAGUUAAACACAAUAAAGAACCAGCUCAUCAACAACUGAGAACAUAUUCUCUGUUGCUUUUGCUGGCCUUUUUUGUUUAUUACAUAAUGUGCCGUAUUUCAGAGAUGUAG